AUGGAAGAAGAUCAAAAAAAGAAAAAGAAGAAAACAAGAACAGCUUCCUUUUUUAAUGUCGUCUUUAGUGGAUUUGCUUUAUUAUCAGAUGGAUAUCAAUCUGGUAUUAUUAGUUUUAUCAAUUUAGUAUUGGGUAAAAUCUAUGGUGAUACUAUUUUUAAUGAUACUGUAUCUUCUCGAUUAUCCUAUUCUAUGUUUGUUGGUUGUGUUGUUGGUCAACUGGGUUUUGGUCUCUUUGUGGAUCGUAUUGGUCGUAAAGCUGGCUUAGUGGCUACAACGGUUCUUGUCAUCUUAGGUGCUGCUUUAUCUGCUGCUUCAAGUGGUCUUACUCCUGAUGGUUUAUUAUGGAUGAUGGUUAUAGCUAGAGGUGUAUUAGGGGUUGGUGUUGGUGGUGAAUAUCCUUGUAGCUCGGUAUCAGCAGGUGAAUCGGCUGAUGAAGUCUCUCCCGGCAAUCGUGGCAAACUCUUUGUUAUGGUCACUAAUUUUGUCAUUGAUCUUGGUUAUGUGAUUUCUGCUAUUAUUCCUGUAAUUCUUUUAGCAAUCUUUACAGAAAAUAAUUUGGAACCUGUUUGGCGUGUAUCUCUUGGGCUUGGUAUCAUUCCUCCUCUAUCCGUUCUUUAUUUUCGAUUACGGAUGGCUGAUUCCAAACAAUAUAGGGAAAAUGCAAUGAAGAAAAAAGUACCUUAUUGGUUGAUCAUCAAACGUUAUUGGAGAAAACUUUUAGCUGUUUCCUUCACUUGGUUUGUUUAUGAUUUUAUCUCCUAUCCUAAUGGUGUUUUCUCUUCUGUGAUCAUCAAUCAAGUCGCCGCUGGUCAACCAAUGAUUAUUACUUCUGCUUGGAAUAUCUUAUUAUACUCCUUUUAUUUACCUGGAUGUAUCACUGGGGCUUAUUUGGUAGACAAGAUUGGACGAAGAAAAACUUUAACACUUGGUCUUAUCUCACUUGGUAUUGUUGGUAUGGUCAUUGGUGGCGCUUUUGAACCUUUAUCCAAAAAUUGUUUCCCUCUCUUUGUUAUUUUAUAUGGUGUCUUUUUGGCUUUGGCUGAAAUGGGUCCUGGUAACACAAUGGGAUUAAUUGCUAUGGAAUCUUUCCCUGUUGCUGUAAGAGGAACUGGAUAUGGAAUUGCUGCUGCUAUGGGAAAAGUCGGUGCUACAGUGGGUACAGUGGCCUUUGCUCCUAUGAAAGAACAAUUAGGUGUCAGGGGUCCCUUCUUGGUAGGUAGUGGUAUUGCUAUUUUUACUGGUAUAGUUGCAUGGUUCGCUUUUCAAGAUAUUGGUACUGGUGGUCUUGAACAAGAAGAUGCUGAAUUCAGAGAGUAUUUACAAGACAAUGGUUAUGAUAUCUCUUCUAUGGGUUUGGAUAAUGGAUCAUCAUCAAAUCAAACUAAAAUCACCACAGUUCACCAAGUCUCAAAAGAUGCUGAUGAAGUCUAGGUCUUUUCUUUUCUUUUU